UGUUUACGUCGUGGGCCCAAAAGCAAGCCCAAUGAGAAACCGAAAGGAAUCCGAGGUGAGUUGGCGGUGGAGGGUUCCGGUAUCCGGUAAAAAGGAGAAGGCGUCUGGGACCCACUACCGGAAAUGACUUUUGCAUUAAAAGCUAUUAAAGGUCAACUCUAUCCCACUGUCUCCAACUAAUAUCUUGUCUUCUCUCUCCGAAUUUACCGAGUCCUCAAUCUAACGGCUAUUCUCAACCUUUUGACCUUAUCUCUCCCAUCCCAUCUCUUAAUUUCCCUUCCCCGGGUCAAUUUGCUGAUGACCCGUACGUGGAUCGCUGUGAUUGGCCCAAGGGUUUGACGGCAGAUGGACCAGAAGCGACAGGUCAGUUGCCCGAUGCCUUGCAUUGGUAGGGCAUCGGUUUGACUCCAAUCCUUUCCCUUCCUCUUCUCUUUUUCCGCUUUUGCUUUCCUCCUCUCCUCUCCUCAACCAUUUUCCUCCUCUCUAUUUUACACAUCUUUCAAUUCAAUAUAAAUACAAAUCCUCUCCUCCUCCUCCAAUUUCAUGCUCAUUGCUCAUUAGGAGAGGAGCUAGGGCUUCAUUAAUUACUAAUUACUAUGGCUGUGGACCUUAUGGUGGGCUUUGGGGAUGCUGCUGCAGCUACUUCGCCCAACAUGGAAGAGAAUGCCGCUGUCUCUGCUGUUCAGGAAGCCGCUUCCGCUGGGAUUCAGAGCGUCGAGAAUUUCCUCAGAUUGAUGUCUAAUUCCUCCACUUCCCCUCCCGAUCCUCUCGCUGCCUAUCAAGCCGUUGCAGAUUCCGUCGUCAACAAGUUCAAGAAGGUCAUUUCUCUGCUAGACCGGAACCGGACCGGCCACGCUCGCUUCCGGAGGGCUCCGCUUUCCACUUCCCCUCCUCCUCCGCCCAAGCUUCAAGAUCCGGGUUCCUCGGUCCCCCAGAUUCCAGCCAAGAAACACGAAUCGGUCUCUGCUUUCAAGGUUUAUUGCCCCACUCCCUCCCCUGUUGUGCGCUUGCCUCCUCUGCCUCAUAAUCCACCAAAUACCUUCCAAACCCACCCCAAUACUUCCUCGCUGCUCCUCAAAAACGGGUCCAUGGACAGGAAGGACUCCACUACCACCAUCAAUUUCGCAGCAUCGCCGCCCGUUUCUGCUGCUAAUUCGUAUAUUUCAUCAUUAACUGGAGAUACCGAAAGCUUACAGCCAUCUCUCUCAUCUGGGUUCCAGUUCACCCACAUGUCCCAGGUCUCAUCCGCCGGAAAACCCCCUCUUUCAUCCUCCUCCCUUAAGAGGAAAUGCAAUUCCAUGGAUGAUUCCGCCGUCAAGUGUGGCUCGUCUUCCGGCCGGUGUCACUGUUCCAAGAAGAGCAGGAAAAACAGGAUAAAAAGAGAAAUUAGAGUUCCGGCCGUUAGCGCCAAACUCGCCGACAUCCCACCGGACGAUUACUCAUGGAGAAAGUAUGGGCAGAAACCCAUUAAAGGCUCUCCUCAUCCAAGGGGAUAUUACAAGUGUAGCAGUCUGAGAGGCUGCCCAGCGCGGAAACACGUAGAGCGGGCCUUAGACGAUCCAACAAUGCUGAUUGUAACUUACGAAAACGAUCACAAUCACGCCCACUCCACCGAAUCACCUGCCGCUCUUGUUCUCGAAUCAUCAUAGUCAACUCAUCCGACGGCCACCAAAAUUAAAUAUAAAUAUUGUUUUUUUUCUUUUUUUUAUAAUUUUGGGAAAGCUACAGGUUAAAAUUAUAGGGACCAAUAGUCAACGCUGCGGCUUGGGCGCCGUCUCCAAGAAGAUUAGUGGGUGCGCUGCGCUGUCUGUGUAUAGAAAAUUAGGAUGCCCUUUUUGUUUCUCUCUCUCUCUCUAGAUAUGAAGGGUUUUUGAUUUUUGGGAUUUGGUGGGUGUUGAGUCACGCUGCUAGUGGUGCUACUUACUGCUGGUGGGCUUCUGUUUUUAUAAACAUUCUUUUCUUAUGCCUCUCCAAUAUUAAUAUUCCUUGAGGAAUUCUUUUUUGAUCUUCAUAUCAUAUUGGAUUAGAUGGUGGAUUUAUUUUUAUAUGUAGGAACAAACCCACCUUUAUUCUUUCCCAUUUCCACCACUUUCUUUUUAAAAUAUUUGCAAACGUUUCAAUCCAUGGGGGUUUGGAUUGUACAGCAACAACGCAACGCAACGCCACGCCCUUGUCGUUUGCGGACAACUUCUGCGGCUCAGAUCUUAAUACAGAAAGGCACAGAUUCUGUGGCCGCUUUGGGACUGCCGACGUGUACUGGAGUUAUUCACCACAACUCCAAAAUUGUAACUUUCUCUUCGCCCAUUCAUUUUGUGAAUAAUAUGGAAACGAAUGUUCUUCUUUUCCUCCCUGUCUUGGGCUCACCAAUUCUGGCCCAGAGUUCAUCAAAGUUUGGAUUUUUCCACUGUGGGUUGGGAGAGUUAUCCAUUUAUUUCUCUGUGGGCUUCGGCCCAUCAUUCAACUUAUCUUCCUGUAUGACGAAAUCUAUACGUUUUCAAAAAGGAAAGGAAAAAAA